AUGUUGGACGACUGGGUGCCCGCUGGUGACAACUGCGAUCAACCAGACGAGCGGGAGCAUGGGGGGCGCCUCGAGAGCCUGGGAGUGAACGUGGACGGAUGGUGGGGACCAACCAACUACUGGUUCGAUGCUUGCCUCAACAACCGCCCUGGGGACGCGCCCCUGGAUGUGGAUGCGACUCCUCCAGUAGCAUCGAGUUGA